CUGUACAGUUCAGAAAAAGAUGAAUGAGAGCUGUGCCUGAGCUCUGGAGCCCAAAGGAAGUCCUAUAUAUUUACUCUCUGUUUUUCGUUUUUGUUUUGCGUUGCCACGAUUUUACUGCCCCAGCUGACCUCAAGUCUCCAGGCUGGGAACUAGCUCCUUAGGAUUGACACCAAAAUUGAAGAAGAUAAUGGGUGAAAGUACUAGUGUGACAAAUGGGUUUUCUCAAAGCAGGAUGGAUCAGAAAAUAAAUGUCUAUAUAUGGGACAUGGAUGAAACUCUUAUACUGCUCAAGUCUUUAUUGAAUGGAACGUAUGCAGAGGCUUUCAAUGGUUUGAAGAAUAUCCAAGAGGGUGUUGAAAUCGGAAAGAUGUGGGAGAAGCACAUUCUUGCUUUGUGUGACGAUCAUUUCUUUUAUGAACAAAUUGAGAACUACAAUAAAUCCUCUCUUGAUGCCUUGAGCCAGUAUGAUGAUGGGCGGAAUCUUUCUGAUUAUGAUUUCAACCAAGAUGGGUUUGGUCCUCCAUAUGAUGAUUCCAACAAUAGAAAAUUGGCAUAUAGGCACAGAUUCAUAGCCCAUAGAUACAAACAGGGUUUGCACAGUUUCCUAAAUCAAGAGAUGAUAAAAGACUUGGAUGAGUUGUAUGAUAUGACUGAUAAAUAUACAGAUAGAUGGCUCUCCUCAGCACGCAUCUUCUUGGAAGAGUGUUCUGCUGGGCACAAAAAGACAUCUCUUGUGGCUGCUGAUGGGAUCAAUGAAUCUUCUGCUUCAAAGUAUCAGCACAUUAAUCUUUUAGUGACAUCUGGAUCAUUGAUCCCCAGUCUUGUAAAAUGCUUGCUCUUUCGACUCAACAACAUGAUAACAGAUGAAAAUGUCUAUAGUUCCUGGGAAGUGGGAAAACUGCAAUGUUUUCAGCAGAUCAAGGUGCGUUUUAACCACCCAAAUGUCCGCUUCUGCGUAAUUGGGGAUGGAUGGGAGGAGUGUGAAGCUGCGCAAGCAAUGCAAUGGCCAUUGGUUAAGAUUGAUAUGCGACCAGGAGGCUCUCACAGGUUUCCAGGCCUCACAUCCAGGACCCUCGGAUUUUAUUUUUCUGUUGUAUAUGGGAGCUCUGAUGUUGAAGAUGAAGAAGAGUGAAACUCACUGGAUUUGCAAUGAGCUGUUCUUGGGACAUCUGCCUGUACAUAAAAUCCAACCAAUGUUAGGAAUUAUGUCUUGAAACAAUUUGUAUCAAUCAACUCAGUUAGAUGAAGAUGACCACCAGAUUAGCCAAAAUUGAUUGUAUUUGUUCUUGUAGAUUAAUUGGUUGGCUUCAUGCUAGGAAUUGUAAACUUCUGUCUCGACGUGGAUAUUAAUCUACACAGUUUUGGAUUUGUUA